AUGAAGCCAUUAUUCUUAUUUGGAGCUACUUUUGCGAAGAUUCCUGCGGCAAGCCAAUUGUGCAGUCAAGAUAAUGGUCCUAGUCUCACGGUGAGAACCCUAACCGGAACGUAUACUGGCCUGCAGAAUUCAGAAUAUACGGGUGUCAGAGAAUUUCGAAACAUCCCGUAUGCCGAACCUCCCGUUGGCAAGCUCCGAUGGAAACCUCCCGUGCCUCUCCGUCCUUCACAGAGCCAUCAUCACUCUUACAGAUUUCCAUCUUCAUGUCCUCAAUAUUUGACCUCUCACUUAUCAUUAUGGAAUGCCAAUAUCACCGACUUCUCUAUACCGACGGGUGAUCAAAGUCACUAUGCGGGGGAAAUGGCGCAGACUACAGCAGAGGAUUGCUUGAGCUUGGCGAUUUGGACUCCUAUUAAUGCUACGUCGAAGGAUAAGCUUCCUGUGGGGUUAUUUUUGCCAGGCGGUAGUUUUAGGGGUGGUGGCUUAAAUGCCCCCUAUCAUAUACCGGCUGGAUGGGUCAACCGUAGUCAGAAGCACAUCAUGGUUACCAUGAAUUACAGGGUUAACAUAUUUGGAUUUCCAAAUUCCGCCGCGCUUGAAGAUAACGAUCUCGGUAUUUUAGAUCAGAGACUAGCGUUAGAAUGGGUGUAUGCGAACAUUGAAUCUUUCGGUGGCGAUUCAAGCCGUAUCACCGUAUGGGGUCACUCAGCUGGCGGAGUAUCGGCGGACGUUUUAAACUUCGCAUAUCACGAUGAUCCGCUCGCUGCCGGAUUUUUCUUGAUGUCUGGAGCAGCGAUGCGCACCUUUGCGCAGGGCGAUAACGCACUACAAACAAACUUCACAUAUGUUUCGAAGGAGCUUGGGUGCGAUUUUCCAGAUGAUCCAAAAGCUGAGGUCGAGUGUAUGCGACAGGUCCCUGUAAAUUUAAUUACGAAUUUAAUUGGACAUUAUGGGGAUGAAAAGAAGAAGCCAUCUUUGUUCUUUCGACCUACUGCCGACAACAAAAUUAUAUUUGAGAACUAUACAGAAAGGGCAGAGAAAGGCCUCAUCUCGAAAGUUCCAGCACUCAUUAGUGACACAUCGAAUGAGCAAUCAAGUCUCAUUGCCUACCCUAUUGAUAACUUAACUCAGGGCCCUAACAAGACGGAGGUCGACAAAGGAACCUUGAACGAUUUUAUUUGUCCAGCAUUUAACUCUUCAAACGUCAGAGGGUUUAAUAAUCUCACAACAUAUCGUUAUCAAUAUGUUGGAAAUUACUCAAACUUGACUCCUUUUCCUUGGAUGGGAGCUUACCACGGAGCAGAUUUACCCAUGAUAUUUGGAAGUUAUAACCUUACAGGAGGAGCCACAGACUUUCAGAGACAGGUAGCAGAGACGAUGCAGGACUACGUAUUAGCUUUCUUGGCGGAUCCGAAAGAUGGAUUGAAGUCUCUCAGUUGGUUACCAGGCAGUUAUAGAUCCGGGGUUGAUGGUACAAUGGUGAGGUUUGGAGCAGGUGACAUUAUAAUCCAAAGCAUUAACGCUUCAGACGUGGAUAGUGCAUGUAUGGGGAGAGGGUAUUAUAACUCACAUCCAUAG